AUGUCAACCACUAGUACGGUUCCUUCAGAUAUAGCAUCUACAUCAGCAUCCACUCCUGCAAUGUCAACCACUAGUACGGUUCCUUCAGAUAUAGCAUCUACAUCAGCAUCCACUCCUGCAAUGUCAACCACUAGUACUGUUCCUUCAGAUAUAGCAUUAAUAUCAGCAUCCACUCCUGCAAUGUCAGCCACUAGUAGCGUUCCUUCAGAUAUAGCAUCCAUAUCAGCAUCCACUCCUGCAAUGUCAGCCACUAGUACGGUUCCUUCAGAUAUAGCAUUAAUAUCAGCAUCCACUCCUGCAAUGUCAGCCACUAGUACCGUUCCUUCAGAUAUAGCAUUAAUAUCAGCAUCCACUCCUGCAAUGUCAACCACUAGUACGGUUCCUUCAGAUAUAGCAUCAACAUCAGCAUCCACUCCUGCAAUGUCAGCCACUAGUACCGUUCAGAUUCAGAUAUAG